AUGCCUGUACGCGCUGCUGACUCAGGAGGGACUACACUGGACGACUUGGGCUGAGGGGGCACAGAUGCCUGGGUCACCACUGCUAGCACCAGUAACCUCUCCGAGUACAAUCAGAAUGGGAACCAAGCGUUUAAUGAAGACAAUCUCAAAUUUAUCCUCAUGGACUUACACGGAGGGCCAUGUAGCCAUUACCAGGUGGCCAACCUUCUGCUAUGUAUAAAUGCCGAGGAGACUGUAGGCUUCCGAGUGCUCAAGGCCCAGACCCAGGCAAUUGCUGGAGGGCCUGGAGGAACUCCUCACCCAAGUAGCAGCAUCAUACUAGAGGGAUGGAAGCUGGAUCAGAAAGGAUGGGCGAAUUUUGCUUUUUUCUGA